AUGCAGGCUGAACGUCCAUUCCGAAUUGUUGUUGUUGGUGCCGGUGUAGCAGGGCUGGUAGCCUCCAACUGCCUCCAGCGGCUCGGCAUUGAUCAUAUUGUGCUCGAGAAACAUGCUGAAGUUGCGCCGCCAAUGGGCAACGGCAUCUCCAUGUGGCCACACGGGCUUCGGGUUCUCCAUCAACUUGGCUAUCUCCCUGCUAUUCAGCGUGACGCGGUGCCAGUUAACCGUUUCUUGAGCCGUGGGCCGGAUGGCAGGGUGAUGCACGAUAAUCUACUGUAUACCCUAGUUGAGAAGAAUCAUGGCAUUGGCUUCUUUCCCUUGGAAAGGCGCAAUCUCUUGCAGAUUCUGUACGACGGUUUGCCUGACCAGUCAUUUGUCCGUACCAAAGCGAUCAUCGAAAAUGUGAAGCAGUUUCCAGACCGGGUGGAGGUCUGCCUUGCAGACGGCAGGGUUGAGACAGGCGAUAUGGUUCUUGGUUGCGAUGGGGUCCACAGCUUGAUUCGGAGCUUCAUGUGGGAUCAUGCAACAAAAACCUCGCCUGGCUUGAUCCAAGUCAAAGAAAAGACCUCCCUGAAUACCAACUGGAAGACGCUUUUAGUUACCACACCUCCCAUCCCGGAGCUUGGCGAGCGGGAAGUUAAUAUAACUCAUAACAAUAGGUUUACCUUCCUUGCCACCUCCCAGCCGGAUGCUGUCUACGUCGUCGUGGUCUUCCUCCUCGACGCACCGUUCACCUGGCCAAAACGACAGCGCUUCACCGAUGAGGAUGCCAAUGCACUGGCGGAACUCGUUGCUGAUAAGCCUGUCACUGACCAAUUGCUAUUCUCUGAGAUCUGGAGACAACGUACCCGGGCCUCUGUGAUCUCACUUGAAGAGGGCGUGAUGGAGCACUGGCAUCAUGGUCGAAUUUGCCUUCUAGGGGAUGCAGUUCAUAAGGUUCAUCCCAAUCUUGCCCUUGGCGGAAACUCGGCCAUUGAAGGGGUUGCCUCAUUUAUGAAUAACCUUUGUCGCGUGAUGAAGACCACCUGUAGUGGUACCAAACCAAGUGGCACUGCGCUCAACAUGGUAUUUGUAGCUUAUCAGAAGGAGCAGCGCCAACGCAUCAAGGAGUUGAUGGAGCUCAGUCACAUGGCAGCCAAGAUGCAUACCUACGCCACACCCCUUCACAAGCUUCUGGCAAACUGGGUCUUCCCACUAUGCGAUGACAGGAUGCUCGCAAACCACGUUGGAGCAUAUUUUGCGGCGGCGCCCAAACUGGACUUCCUUCCCUGUGUAGGGUUUCCAUCUGGGCUUCUGGCAUGGGCAGAGGAUGGGCGGAAUGAUGAUCCCCGGAAUCAUUAUAUUAAUGGUCACCUCAAUGUCAAUGGAUAUGCUACUGGCCAUGUGGUCUAUUAA